AUGGCGCUGGGCGCAUCGGAGCAGGCGCUGCGACGGGUCUGUCGAGGCGAGAGAAGCGCCUGCGGGGCGCUCUGCCUCCUCCUCACCUACCUCAGCGUGGGCUACGCCGAUUAUGUCAUCCUGGAGCAUGUCCUGCUCCAGCCGGGCUUCCGGGGCAGCCUUUGGUGUCCCUUCCAUGCUGUGGCUUUCAACUUCAUCGUUCUGAUGCUCCUGGUCUGUCACACAAGGGCUGUUUUCGCUGACCCAGGUGUGGUCCCACUGCCUGAUACCGCCCUUGAUUUCUCUGAUCUGAGGAGCAGCGGCAGCAGCAAUGCCGCACAUCAGAACAGCCGCAAUAAUGAGGACUGGACUGUGUGCAACCGGUGUGAAACCUAUCGGCCACCACGGGCCCAUCACUGCCGGAUUUGCCACCGUUGUGUGCGCCGGAUGGAUCAUCACUGCCCUUGGAUCAACAACUGCGUUGGGGAACUCAACCAGAAAUACUUCAUCCAGUUCCUCUUCUACACAGGCUUGGCUAGUCUGUAUGCCAUGGGACUGGUGUUGGCCACCUGGCUUUGGCCCGUGGACAGGAGCUCAGCAAGCAAAGCAGAAGGAGCCGAAGGAGGCGUUUCUGGCAACCGCGUCCAAAUUGCUCACCGGAUCAUCUUGCUGGUGGAAUCCAUCCUCUUCGGGCUGUUUGUCACGGUUAUAUUUUAUGACCAGGUGGUCUCCAUCAUCACGGACGAGACCCCGAUCGAACAGCUACGCAACCGGCUUCUGAAAGAGGGCCACCGGGGAGGGACCCAUACGCGGAAACCCAAGAUCGCCCUCCUGCGCGAGGUGUUUGGCCGAGGUUUUGUGAUCUGCUGGUUUUUCCCAUGCAACUGCAAUUCUCCGUCUGCCAGCGGGCCGUCUUACAGCUACCUGCCCAACUACGACGUGUGACCCUCCUCUUGCCUGUCCCUCUGCCUCUGCGCUCACCGCUCUUUCUCUCUUGGUGAGGGCAAAGGCCUCACCCACCUUUGUUUGCUUCAGCUUCCCAAGCAAAAGAAGACCGGACGAGGUGGCCCGAGCUGGAAUGGGCCCGUCAAAUGCUGAAGGGGCGUUGCUGGCUUGGAAGAGUUCGAAUCUCGGUGGUCACCGGCACAUUCUUACCUCUUCUUUUGAACUCCUGGCCCGCGGGUGCAUUUCUCCAAACAGUGGCCACGCUCACAGGCAGCCCUGCCUCGAGAUCUUCUUUAGAAACUGCUUUGACAAGACUUGGGCCUGCGAAACAGUGAGAGCGAGCUCCUGCUUCUUCUGAGCUAAACCCUGCAACCUCGUGAGCCAUUCCACCAGGUCAGAUUUCCCCCAACCUCCGAGAACGAGAAAUUCCAAGGGGGAAGCAGUGACCGCCUGUAUCCCUGGCAGAUCACCCGAUUGCUCAACAGUGACCUUGACCCACUAGGCUGGGGCCCCCCAACGGGAGAUCAGUGGGUGGGGAAGGCAAGAUUAUUUCCCUUUCUGCUUGCCACCCCACCCCACCCCAGUUCAGUCUUUCAGUCAGGAAGCAUUGAUCUCCCGUUCUAGAAUGUGCGGAAGGUAGAACUCUGUCUCCCUUGUUCCCAGAACAGCGUGGUCGGUCCCGAAGAACAGGGGUCAGCACCUUUCCAGCACAGCAUGCCUUCCGCUUGGCCGUGAGUGUGAUCCAUUUUUGCUUUCGAGGGCCCCCUCCUGACUCUUUUCAGACGGUGGGUGAUCACCCAUCUCACAGGAGAGACCUAGUUAAAAGGGACCAUGUCAUUUUACCAGCCCGUUCGGCUCCCUGUUUCAAGAAUGGAGCAUCUGAUGAGCAAUUAAGCACAGUCACUGUCCUGAUUUUUCCGUGCGGGGGGGAGACUGUCCCCCUUGACCUCCUCCCUCUUAUUCAAAACAUAGGGCAAGGAGGGAAGAUGCUUCCCCAUCCCAAAUUUUGUCUCCUGCUUCCUCCAAAGCCAUACAUGGGCCCCCGUAUACGUAUAGAUAGACUUAUUUAUUAACUUUAUUUAUUGAAUCUGCCUCAGUUGCAGUUAAGAAAAAAAACUUAAAUAGAUAACAGCCCAUCAGCGGAUGUUUUUGAAACCAAAUGUCCCAGGAGUGAAACCCCCACCAUCUUAUGCUCCGUGGCUUGGCUCAAAUCGGGGAACUGCUGUCCCCAGAUUGGCCUUCCUUUAUUCGGCUCCCUGGGGCUGAUUGAAGCUGGGGUCCAGUCUAUCAAAAUGGUUGCCGGUGAAGGAGAGCUGGGGUCUCAGGGAUCGACUGAAGAUGAAAAGGCCACGCCUGCAAAAAGUCCCAGUUCUUCCUGCACCUCGGAAAGCAGGGGAGCCCAGCCUGAGUUUCUGGAGGCUUUAACCAGACAGUGUCACCAGUAUCCUGACCCCAGUUCUGCUCCGGGCUUGGUGGAUCUGCCCUUCAGUGAAUUGUGAAGUUCAGUUAACUGAAAGCUUUUAAUUGGGGUGGGCGUGUGCUGUGUCUCCUGGCGAACGGAGCAGCAGAUUUUGACAUUUCAUCAACAGCAUCUCAUACGGGCAGGGAGCAAGGCUGCUAAUGGGGGCUUUAUCCUCUCUCAUAUUUCCUUUUGCCCCUGACCUGAAAGCAGCUUUUCUCAGUCGGGGAUGUGCCUCCACCCCCGUGUGCCUGGAACAGCUCUGUGGUGGAUCCAAAGACUUUAAAUAGACAUGAUCAUGCCUUUAGUCCAAUAGUAGUCUUCGUUUCCAAAAGAAAAGGAGAAGAGAUUUCUCGGGAUUCAGGAAAAAGUAGAUCAACCUUGAUAUGUAUUUGGAAGGAAAUCCUUCAUGUCAUUUUAACACUCUUUUUCUUCCCUCGAUGACUCCUUUCUUUCAUCUCCAUCCCCUUACUUGGUAAACCGCAUCAGGCGGGCAUCCAAUGCCCUCGGUUUUGAUUUGUACUUGCAGAAGACCUUUUCCCCCAUCCCCUUAUUUGGGUAUUUUUUUUAAAAAGCCAGCGGUUUCAUUCAGACUUGGGCAAUGCGUUUUGAACGUUGAACUUUUUUGCAAAAGGAACGGAAAACAGGAAGCACGUGGCAUGGAAUUGGGGCAAUUUUAUGCCAUCAAGCCAUGGUUUCAACAGCCUGCCAACGCAAGGAUGACAGGGUGGAUAGCAAUCCAUAACCUUCAUGUCCUUUAGACAAUGCUCCUGCUUGCAAACUAACGCUGCGUGUCAAAAUGAUGUUUCCUUUCAGUGUUUUGCUGUUUCUUAGGAUAUGUUUAUGUCAGAUGCUUACCCAAGAGGGGUAAAACGUGUGAAGUUUGCACAUUUGAAGGCAACGCUUUUCGUUUUCGUUUUCACAAACCUCCCACCCCGACAGCCGUUCCGGAUGCAACCAAGAGGGUACUGUGAAACUUGAGCUUAUUUUAUUUAUUUUAUUUAUACAUCACGUUUAUAGAGUUGACGUCGAAUUGCCACUCCAGAGAACAAACCAUCCCGUUUGGGGAUUUAAAAAAGGCAGGGAGAGCUCAGAAGGAAAAGACUUUGGGGAGGAAAAUUCUGAAGGGAGAUUUUUUUUGUUUUGUUUUAGUUGGGUGAUCCGAUUGGUAUGUUUUUAAAGCAUGUCUGAGCUUUGCAGAGACAUCCAUUAGAUUUAAGUGCUGCAUUUGUAGACCAUGCUAGGUGGCUAGGAUUUCAAGAGGGGAGUUGUGCCUUAGCAUGUCAUUCAGGGUAUCAUAAAACCCAGAAAAUGAAUUAAUUCAGGAACCAGGUCUGGUACAUCAUAUGAUACAACUAUGUACUCCGAUGCUUAAAAAAAAAACGGAGAAGAAAUCAGUAUAUCUAGCUAGCUAGUCCUUCCCACCCUCCCCAUCCUUCUGUCAAAACUGUACCGAGUCCCUUAGGUGGUCUCUUGUUGAAAAUGAGCUGCAGAUCAGUGCACAUCCAUGUUGCAUUGUUCAUUCAGGACCUUCCGCUCUUGCGAAAGUCCAGGUGAUUUUCUCAAGGCUCUGUCUACUAUGGGUGGAGUGGGGGUGGAAAAUAUAUACAUACCAACACACAUCUGUCUUCGUGUCUGUAUCUCUGUAUCUCUGUGUGGCAAGGGAGGAUCAGGGAAAGCUAGAAUCAGUUAUUCAUUACAGAACCAGGCCGUUUCCCAUAAACAUGCCUGCUGUAAUUUUCAGCGAGGCACUGGGAGGGAGCAGGAACGCUCU